CGGAAGUUGUGCGCUCUUUUUUUCCGUGUGGAUUUUCAUUCAGGUUUGUAGUCGGCUCUCUCGGCUGGAGCUCGUCAAAUAAUUAAUCAUGGCUGGCCAGGAGAUGAGGCUGAACCACACUAUUUACAUUAACAACUUGAAUGAGAAGAUCAAAAAAGAUGAACUGAAAAAGUCGUUGUACGCUAUAUUCUCCCAGUUUGGACAAAUCCUGGACAUCCUUGUUUCUCCUACCCUGAAAAUGAGGGGUCAGGCCUUUGUGAUCUUCAAGGAGAUCAACAGUGCUUCCAAUGCACUCCGCUCUAUGCAAGGCUUCCCUUUUUAUGAUAAACCCAUGCGUAUUCAGUAUUCAAAGCUGGACUCUGAUAUCAUUGCGAAAAUGAAGGGCACAUAUGUGGAGCGAGACCGAAAGAAAGAGAAGAAAAAGCCUAAAGUCCCUGAAGUCGGUGCUGGGAAGAAGGGGGCGUCCGCUGCCACGCCUGCUAUGGCCGGGGUUCCUGCAGCUAUGGCUGGAAUGCCGCCCAUGAGCCAAGCUCCUCGCAUGAUGCCAAUGCCCGGUCAGCCUCCCUACAUGCCUCCGCCUGGCAUGAUGCCUCCGCCUGGCAUGGCACCCGGACAGAUGCCACCCGGUGCCAUGCCACCAGGUCAGAUGAUGCCAGGACAAAUGCCUGGCCAGAUGCCACAGCAGCUGUCGGAAAACCCUCCCAACCACAUCCUGUUUCUCACCAAUCUCCCAGAGGAGACCAACGAGCUCAUGCUGUCCAUGCUGUUCAACCAGUUCCCUGGAUUCAAAGAAGUCCGUCUCGUCCCCGGCCGCCACGACAUCGCCUUUGUGGAGUUUGAUAAUGAGGUGCAGGCGGGUGCAGCCAGAGAAGCGCUGCAAGGCUUUAAGAUCACGCAGAGCAAUGCAAUGAAAAUCUCCUUUGCAAAGAAAUAACACUCAGAUACAUGCGACUUCGCUGACAUGCCAGUUACACACAGGCCUGCUUUUAGAGACCUUUGGGAACAGUUCAGGGUGUUUAAUGGCUGAAUAGAGGAACACACACGCCAUUCAAAGGAAAAAGUCUUUGAAAAGAUAUGAAAAGUAUGUUUUUAUUUGAUGUGACUUGCUUAGCUGUGCCAGUUAGCUUUGUACUUCACAAUACAAGGUAAGAAGUGAUUAGAAAGGUUAUUUUAUUUAUCUCCUUUCUCUUCCACUUCAUCCUUUUUACUUUUAUUCCCUCUUCUCCGAGAUGGUCGACUUUGGUGAAUUUGUAAGUAUGCAGGUUUUUUUUUUUAAAAAUCAAAUUAUGUCUUCUGAAGCAUUGCACCCAGAGUCUGGUUCCCAGACAUUGAACCUGGAGCUUUUUUUAUUAAAUGGCAGUGUUUUA